CUCCGGUCUGCGCAUGUGCAGAGGAAGCCUGGCGCUGCCGCCAAGAUGUCGGCGCAGGGUGACUGCGAGUUCCUGGUGAAGCGAGCGCGGGAGCUGGUCCAGGUGGACCUGUGGGCGGCCAAGGCCUGGCUCAUCACCGCCCGGAGCCUCUACCCGGCCGACUUCAACAUCCAGUAUGAAAUGUACUCUAUUGAGAGAAAUGCAGAACGAACAGCAUCGGCAGGCAGAUUGCUCUAUGACAUGUUUGUAAACUUUCCAGAUCAACCAGUGGUAUGGCGAGAAAUUAGUGUUAUUACUUCAGCAUUAAGGAACGAUUCACAGGAUAAACAAACUCAGUUUUUAAGAGGUCUAUUUGAGACCCUUCCAGGUAGAGUUCAGUGUGAAAUGUUGCUGAAAGCCACUGAGCAGUGUUUCAAUACACUAGAACGGGCAGAAAUGUUGCUUCUUCUAUUGCGACGUUUCCCUGAGACUGUUGUUCAACAUGGGGUGGGACUUGGAGAAACAUUAUUAGAAGCAGAAAGUAUUGAAGACCAAGAAUCACCUGUCAAUUGCUUUAGAAAACUAUUUGUCUGUGAUGUCCUUCCCUUGAUAAUUAACAACCCUGAUGUGCGGCUCCCUGCCAACCUGUUGUACAAAUAUCUGAAUAAAGCUGCAGAAUUUUACAUUAAUUAUGUGACGAGAUCUGCACAGGGAGAAAGCCAAUAUCAAGGCACACAGGAUACAUCUGACCUUGUAUCGCCCACCAAACGAAGUUCCCAGAAAUAUGUAAUAGAGGGAUUGACUGAGAAAUCCUCUCAGAUUACGGAUCCUUGGGAAAGGGUGUUCAAGAUAUUAUCGGUAGUAGGUGUCAGAUGUGAAUGGCAGAUGGACAUGGCAAGAAGGAGUUUUGGUGAUACGUUGCUCAAAAUGAAAGAUGUCUGCAGAUACAUAAGCAACUAUGAUAAUGAAGCCAAUGCAAAAUACAAAACUCAAGUUGUAUAUUCUACAAUGCUGGUCUUUUUCAAAAACGCAUUCCAGUAUGUCAGCAGCAUUCAACCUUCUCUAUUCCAAGGGCCAAAUACUCCAAAUCAAGUUCCACUGGUACUCCUAGAGGAUGUGUCCAAUGUGUAUGGCGAUACAGAUAUUGAGCGCAGCAAACAUGUACACAAGAAGCGGAAACUUGCUGAAGGGAGAGAGAAAACAAUGAGCUCUGAUGAUGAGGAUCCUUCUGGGAAGGGAAAAAGGCCUAUUACGAUAAAUGCAGCAGAUCUUGCAAAUGCUAUUGAAGUCCAAGAGAGCUUUAGGCUGGCUAGAGAGAGCUGGGAACUUCUUCAUUCAAUGGAAUUGCUGGAUAAAGAAUUUACAAGAAUUUGCGUUUCAUGGAAGACAGAUACAUGGCUUUGGUUGCGGAUCUUUCUCACAGAUAUGAUUAUUUAUCAGGGUCAGUAUAAAAAAGCCAUUGUCAGCUUACACCACUUAGCAGCUUUGCAAGGAUCACAGCCUCAGCAACAGAUCAUGGGGCAAGGGUCACUAGAGAACCAGCGAGCCCUGAUCCAGUUAGCAACCUGUCACUUUGCGCUUGGAGAAUACCGUUUAACCUGUGAAAAGGUACUUGAUCUAAUGUGCUACGCAGUGCUUCCCAUACUAGAGGUACCUAAACCUCAGGAAGAACAGCCAACAGUGAAGUCAAAACACAGGAAAGCUUCGGAACUGAAACUCUGGCCUUGUACCAGUAAGGCUAUUAUGCCCUACUGUCUACGGUUACUAUUAGCUUGUUUUAAGCUGAGAGCUUUCACAGACAACAGGGACGAUAUGGCACUUGGACAUGUGAUUGUGUUGCUCCAGCAUGAGUGGCCACGAGGCGAAACCCUCUUCUUGAAAGCAAUGAACAAAAUCUGCCAACAAGGAAACUUCCAGUAUGAAAAUUUUUUCAACUAUGUUACAAACAUUGAUAUGCUGGAAGAGUUUUCUUACUUAAGAACACAAGAAGGAGGAAAAAUUCACCUGGAGUUGCUACCAAAUCAGGGAAUGCUGAUAAAGACUUCUAGCCCUCCGCUGGGGUUACUGCAGCAGGAAUUCAUACCUGUACUACAGCCCAGCAUGCAGACUGCUGACAGGCAUCACACAGUUACCAGAGGAAUAACGAAAGGUGUGAAGGAGGACUUCCGUUUAGCAAUGGAGCGGCAAGUGUCACGCUGCGGGGAAAACCUGAUGAUGGUGCUGCACAGAUUCUGCAUCAAUGAGAAGAUCUUGCUCCUUCAGACACUGACCUGAGUACCAGUCAACUUCAUACUGCAAAGAUCCUACUUAGGAGAGGCAGGAAGAGAGAAAAACCAUGUCUCUUGGUACUGGAUUAGAGAUACUCUGAGAUGUAUGGUUCGGUCUGCUAAAAGACUAUCAACUGAGUAACUUUAAGCUCAAAAAAAUGUGAUGAGAAUCAUCCAUCAACACCAAUCUUUCAGUUGACCACUGUAAAUAAAAUAACCUUCACAUAUAUAAAACAA